AUGAGUGACAGCCCGAACACGGCCGCGGUUCUUCCGUCGCUACGCAAGUCGAUGGCGGCCUCUGCAACUCCUGGCCAGCGUCCGCGCGAUGGCGCCAGUAUCCUCGCCUUCUCUGGCAGCAACAACAACCGUGUCAGCGUUGUCGGCAGCUACAAGGCGGGGUCAAAGUUGAUUUCUGGGUCUUCCGGCACCCUGCGCAAGAGUCGCUCCAGCACCACCGCCGAGCUCCCUGCGGAGAUGUCGCGCCGCUCUGUCGGCAUGAGCGAUGAGGCGCUCCUCACCUCGCUUGUUACCACCGACUUGGCCGCUACAAAGGUUGCCAGAGACACCUAUUACAAUCAGUACAAGGAGGCGGAGGCCGAGAACGCGAAGCUGCGCGCUGCUCUACGGCAGCAAGAGGUAGACUCAGUGCAGGUAGUGCAAUUUCUGGAAAGCAAGCUGAGAGAGGUGGAGAUAGAGACGCAGGCGUAUAAAACAGGCAUCACGCAGCUGCUAGACGACCACCACCACGCGGAGGAGGAGCUUCAGUCAAAGUAUGGCGAGAUGCUGCGCGAGCGCGAUAUCGAGCUGACACGCUACGCGUCUGUCACCACGAAGCUGCACGAUGACCUUCGCCAAGCCUCCCGCUACGUUCAGCAGCGACAGGAACACACACUGGAGCUGCAGCAUCUGCAGACGCAGCUGGAGGACCUCGUUGUGGAGCACGAGAAGGAGGUAGCGGCAUUGCACUUCCAGACGGUGGACCGCAAGCUGAAGCUCAUCGCGCUGGAGAAGACGAUGCGGGCCGAGUUUGACGCACUGGUGGAAGCGCGGGCAGCCAAAGCGCUGGAGGAGCGCUUCCAGAGAGUGCUGGAGCGGACACAGCGGUUGGAGGAGGAGAAGGUGUCGAUGACGCAUGACAUCCACGACCUGAUGCAGCUCACGACCGACAUCGACGCGGAACGGACCCAAGUGCAGCGCCAGGCGGCAGUGCAGCAACAGGCGCACAAGGAGCUGGUGCAUCAAGCAAUGGCACGCGGGCGGCAGAAGGAGCAGGCGGAUCUGAAAAUCUACGAGCUGGAAGAGCGGGUGCGAGAGCUGACGGCGCAACUGCAAGUGGUGCGGGUGGAGCUGCAAGCGAGCUAUCAGAGCCGUAUUGACGUGCUGCAAACGGAGCUGAAGUCGACGCGCACGUCGCUGCAGACGCACCGCGCAGAGCUGCUGCACAUGCGCCAGCUCACCGCCCGCGUGGUGGGCGAGCGUAGUGAGCUGGAAAACUUCUUUCACACUGCCCUGGCGGAUUGCCAGCGCUAUCGGCAUGCUAUGUCGGCAAACUGCCACGCGUCCACUGCCGCCUCUGCGACAGGCGCCAGCAAGGGCGCGAUGCUGUUGGAGAACGUGGACUGGGGCGGCAGUGCGAGUAGAGGUGGCGCGUCGCGUCAAACACCGCAGGAAUCUGUCAUGACGGUCGCCGCGGCCGCGAGUCCGGCACCGUCGUCGUCGUCGCUGGCGGCCACGCUAAAGAACAGCGGUGUCUUUUUCGAGGAGAUGCCAUGGAAGGACAAGGAAAAGGUCAUCAAGGCGCUGCUCUUCUUCCUCAACGCCAACUACUACAAGUCCCUGUCGCCGGCACCGACAGCGGCAGGCAGCGGUCCACUGGAUCAUGUGUGUGCUUCCUAA